CCGAGCCAGAAUGCCGAGCAGGUCGUCGUCCAUGAGCCACAGCCUCGACUUUACGACGAUGGAGUCGUCGCCGCUCCCGGGCUGCUCGAUCCUCGCGAUGCUGUUGCUCUGCGCACCUCGCAUGGCCAUGCAGAUGGCGUGGUCGGCGUACUGGGCCGCGUUCAGCCCAACCCUCGAGACGCGCCUGGCGUCCUGGGUCGUCCAGCUUAUGCAGAUCAUCGGCCCCAUCACGGGCCUGCUCGUGUACCCGACGGUCGCCGUCUUCAGCGACCACUGCACGUCGCGCUAUGGCCGGCGGCGGCCCUUCCUGCUCGCGGGCACGUUCGGCACGGUCACGGUCUGGGUGCUCAUGAUGCUGACCAACUUUGUGCCUGCUCAGUACCGCGACGGCUUCACAAUCUUCCUCUAUGUGUGCAUGUGCGUCUCGGUGAACGUGACGCAAGUGCCCGUGAUGCUGCUCAUCGCCGACUUUGCCGGCGACCGCCAAGUCACGGCCUUUAGCAUCGCGCAGGCGUACAACACGCUGGGCGCGCUCCUCGUCUCGGGCUACAUUUCGCUCUUUGGCCCGGCGACCGACACCUUUGUGACCUUUCUCGCGAUGCUCAUCCUCGUGCUCGUCAGCACCGUGCUCCCCGUGUGCAUUUGCUUCCGCGAGACGCCGUACGUGCCCGACCAGCCGCAUCGCGACCUCAAGAGCGGGCUCCUCGCCGUCUACCACGGCAUCAAGUACCUCCCGCGGCUCCUCGCCGUCUACUGCGUCGUCUUCAUCUUGAUCAUGUUUGGUUUUUCGUGCUACAAUGGCAACAAGGCGCAGUUCUUUGGCCUCGUUGUCAACGAUGGCAACGCGACCGGCGCCGAUGUCUGCGGCGAUAAGUGCUCGCCGGCCCAAGCCGCGUACAACGACGGCGCCAAGUACGCGCUGGGGUUCGUCGACGCGCUCGCGUCAUUUGUCGACCUCGCGUACCUUCUCUUGCUGCCGCGGCUCGUCCAGUGGUAUGGUGCGCGGCGCGUCUUCACCUUUGCACUCUUGCCGCAAAUGCUCUUUGUCGUGCUCUCGUGGGUCCACAGCAAGCCGCUCGGCGCGUCGAUCGUCGCGCUGGCGUCGAUUUCGUUCAACACGGUCAACUCGAUGCAAAUUCCCGUCAUUUUGCACGUGAUUGGGUACGGCGAACUCAACGGCCUCGGUAUGUUUGCCGGCGCCUUCAACUCGGCCAACUGCUUUGGCCAGCUCCUCACGUUCGCCGUGUCGCCGAUCCUCGUGACGACCGACCUCACGCACGCGCUCCCGAUUUUAGUCGGCGGUAUCGUGACCUUUCUCGGGUUUCUGGUGGCGUUUUUCAAGUUUGACAUUCGCAUGUUUACGCUCUAA